UUUGCUGUAGAGCUUUGAAUCCAAUUUGAAAUUCUCUCCGUCCCCGCUCUCAAAUCUCCGUCGCCAUUGAAACCCUAAGGUCGAUCUCAUUCUCUCCAGAGAAAACCUAGUUUUGAUUUCAUCUCCAGUGUCUAGUUCCAAUUUCUGGCCGCCAUGAGCGCUGCUCCGCCGCCGGGGGGCGGGAGGGAGCUCUCAAAGCCUCCAUCCGAUGGGAUCUCCAACCUCCGGUUCUCUAAUCACAGCGAUCAUCUUCUCGUCUCUUCCUGGGAUAAGAGUGUGCGGCUGUAUGAUGCGAGCGCGAAUGUUCUGAAGGGAGAGUUCAUGCAUGGUGGCCCCGUUCUUGAUUGUUGCUUCCACGAUGAUUCAUCGGGGUUCAGUGCCAGCGCUGAUCACACAGUCAGGAGGUAUGUUUUUAGUUCUGGGAAGGAGGAUAUUUUGGGUCGACAUGAUGCUCCUGUUCGUUGCAUUGAGUACUCAUAUGCAGCAGGUCAAGUGAUCACAGGAAGUUGGGACAAGACAUUGAAGUGUUGGGAUCCUAGAGGUGCUGGUGGGAAAGAGCGUGCCCUUGUUGGGACAUAUCCACAACCGGAACGUGUGUACUCUCUUUCUCUAGUUGGCCACAGAUUGGUAGUUGCAACUGCAGGAAGGCAUGUGAAUGUGUAUGAUUUGCGCAAUAUGUCUCAACCAGAACAACGGAGGGAGUCUUCCUUAAAAUAUCAAACUAGAUGUGUGCGUUGUUAUCCCAAUGGAACAGGUUAUGCUCUUAGUUCUGUCGAAGGCCGUGUUGCUAUGGAGUUCUUUGAUUUAUCUGAGGCCAGCCAAGCUAAAAAGUAUGCAUUCAAGUGCCACCGAAAAUCAGAAGCUGGCAGAGACACUGUUUAUCCUGUGAAUGCUAUUGCAUUUCAUCCCAUUUAUGGAACAUUUGCCACUGGAGGCUGCGAUGGGUAUGUAAAUGUGUGGGAUGGAAGCAACAAGAAAAGAUUAUAUCAGUAUUCCAAGUACCCGUCUAGCAUUGCAGCGUUGUCCUUCAGCAGAGAUGGUCGUUUGCUCGCUGUUGCGUCCAGCUAUACAUUUGAGGAGGGGGAGAUACCCCAUGAACCUGAUGCCAUCUUUGUCCGCAACAUAAACGAAGUCGAAGUUAAGCCAAAGCCUAAAGCAUUGCCGGCACCUCCCUCAUAGGUUCAUUUAUUGUAGAGAAAUGAACAAGAACUUUUCCCUUGACUUUUGAGUACUUAAUUUCAUUCCACAUUUGUUGUUCUGGAGCUUUAAUCAUGUUGUCUAAUGAUCAAGCUCUGAUGGAAGAAGAGGGCUCCUUCUAACUUAGAGCAGGAAAACCUAUGGUCACAAAUCAUUGAUUAAAGUCUGUUCUUUUGUGUUUUCUUUUUAUUA